AUGUCCAAGCCGUUGACUGAAGCGGAUGUUAUAUUUCCGCAUCUCUCCAACACGCCAACCUUAUCAAGCACGCUCUCAUCGUUGCGCCGUUCAACGCUCUCAACACACAACCGGCUCGCUUCAAUCAUUUCCGACAGUGCUUUUGUCGAAUCUGUUGCAUCAGCCUAUGAACUUCCUUUGGUAGCCAAUGAGCGCUGUGGUAGUUGGUACAUUCCACCAUCUUUGAAGUCCGGAUCCGUCUAUUUUAAAAGCACAGACGGCCACAUGGGCGAAUGGAGUUUCAGCUUGCGAAGGCUGAAUUUGCAGUUGCUCGAUGUGGUAGAGAAAUGGGGCGGUGCAGUCGUAGUGGAUAGUACGAGGAGGGGAAAGAGUAUGCCAGAUGCAUUGAGUAAGACGAUUCCAACGUGGUGUUGCGUGAUGAAUCGGGCAGUGUUUGGUGGGGAGAAGGCCAAAGAAGAGAUGAGGCUUUUUACACCACCGCAAGCUGUGGGAGAGAGUGAGCAUGCACAGAUGGAGAAGAGGAUAGAUGGUUUUGUACAACAGUUCUUGGACAUUUGCAAACCCAAUAUCCCACUUCUCCGUAUUCUCUGCACAGCAUCACGGCGUGUCCAUGGCGCCGAGGCAUCAGAAAGCGGAUAUAUUCAGGGCGCUGCAGACGACCACGAGGCAUGGUCACAUGGACUUACCCCGUCACUCUUCUGGGAAAACAAGGAUAUGCUGAUGAAGAUGAAUGAAGAGGAUGCUCCAAAGAUCAUUGCAAAGCUGACCAAGGAACAAAAGGGCAGUGGCGCAAUUGCAAGCUUGAUCAAGCCUACAUCACAGCUGUACAUCUCAUCUAGCGAAGAUGUACAACUAGCAGGGUUUGAAACUUUAGUCAGCUGCACACCUGAGUCCUUUGGAUCUUCUGCACUCAAAGAUGCGGGAGUAAAACGCUACCUUCAUCUGAAAUGCCAGACUGGUAAGCUGGGAUCACGCGAUCUUCGCACUCAGCUUCCUCAUCUCAUACCGUUCUUCUCUUCUCUUCAAACUCCCGACACACACAACAAAAUACUCGUGUGCUGUCCUACAGGCAAAGAUCUCUCUGUUGGAGCUGCACUAGCGAUAUUAUGUCUUUACACAAACGAAAACGGAGUAGUCGAUACAGCAAAAGCAAAAGAAGCCAAGGAAAUGGACAAAGCAUUCAUCAAACAAAGAUUGAGCUGGAUCACGACGAGCAACGCAGCCCUGAAUCCAAGUCGAGCAACACUACAAAGCGUCAACGCCAUGCUACUCUCAACCCAAGACCCAAAAGCCUCUCUCCCCACACAACCAACAGCGAACCUCCCAAUCCGCGAAACCAGUCCAUUACCCUCCGAACCCCCACCACUCUCCAGUCCUAGAUCCAUCUUCACCAACCUCGCCACCACCUCAACCUGGAAAUUCACCCGCAACCUCACCUCCAAGCUCCCCACUCACCCCUCUGGCACCGUAACCGGUACCGCUACCUUCACUCCUGUCCCCCACACAUCUUCUAUUCCCGUACCAACCUUGCUAUAUGCUGAAGAAGGCACAUUCAGCACAACCACCGGCCUAAGUUUCACCGCGCGCAGAAAAUACGUGUACCAGCUCUGCCCUGGUGCUGAGACCGCAGAUACCGAGUUCAUCGCCGUACGCUUCUUCGACGACGAUAAGAUGCGUGCGGCGCGGCAGGAGGGUGGUGUUGGAGACGGUGGGCAGGGGGUUGGCGGAUUGUUUGUUGAGAUGGGGGAGCUGCAAGCGGGCGAGGGGGAGAAGGUGGUUAGAGCGAAGAAUAGGGAAACGCAUCUUUGUGGGAGGGAUUUGUAUGCUGCGACGUGGGCUUUUGCGGGGGAUAUGACGGUGGAAGGGGGUGGAGAGGGAAAGGAAGAGGUGUGGUGGGAGAUCGAGUACGAGGUCAAGGGGCCGCAGAAGGAUUAUACGAGUGUGACGAGGUAUACGCGGGUGGAGUAG